UACCCUUUGAAGGACCUUCAAACAAGAAGGCUAUCUUCAGCGUUUAUUCCCCCAAACAAAGCAAACAGGUUCCUGCCCUUUGGAACGAUGGACUGAUCCUGCAGCUCCCAUUUCGCAAUCCGUUAGCAACCCCUUUUCGGGAAAAUGGCAUGCUGCUUCUUUCUAAUCACCGCUGGUCUCCUAGGAUGGCUGCUCCACGCCGAAUGUGCAGUUUUUGUAAACCGGGAAGAGGCAAACGCUCUUUUGCAGCGGUAUAAAAGGUACAAUACAGGACGGCUGGAGGAGAUGGUCCAGGGAAACCUCGAGCGCGAAUGCUUAGAAGAACAAUGCAGCUUUGAGGAAGCCAGAGAAGUUUUCGAGAAUGAUGAGAAGACAAUGGAAUUUUGGAAGGUAUACCUCGAUGGCGAUCAAUGCUUGUCAAACCCUUGCCAGAACGGAGGCCGGUGUCAGGAUGACGUGAGCAACUACAUAUGCUGGUGUCUGGCAGGUUUCGAAGGCAGGAACUGCGAACUAGAUGCCACCUGCUCCACAAAGAACGGAGGUUGCAAGCAGUUCUGCAAGAACGGCCCAACGGGGAAAGCGGUGUGUUCCUGCGCUCCGGGUUACAGGCUUGAUGACGACCAGAGAGGCUGUGUGCCCACAGUGCCUUUUCCUUGUGGGAGAAUCACAGCUCCAGAGGCUGCCAAGAAAAUCACUCGUUCCCAAAACACGCUAGAUACUUUGAAUUUCAUCAAUAGUACUGAGGAUCAUCUGGAAGAGGAAGCAUCGGAGUCAGACAACACCACACAGAUUGUUGCCAAGACGAGGUCCAAUAUACGAGUGGUUGGUGGCUCGGACAGCUUGAAAGGGGAGGUUCCCUGGCAGGUACACCUGCUCAGCCCUGAGCGGAAAGGCUACUGCGGUGGCUCCAUCCUCAAUGAAAAGUGGAUUGUCACGGCGGCGCACUGCCUCGAAUUCGAGCCCCACAUGAUUGUAGCAGGCGAACACAACGUUGAUGCUUUGGAUCACACGGAACAAUACCGCCGGGUCGUGAGGGUGAUCCUCCACCCCACGUACAACAAGACGAACAAGUACCACAACGACAUUGCCCUUCUGGAGCUUGAAACGCCCCUGGAGUUCAAUCAUUACGUCACCCCCAUAUGCAUCGCUGACAAGGAGUUCACCAACAACCUCCUCAGGCAUGGACUAGGCACCGUCAGCGGCUGGGGGAAGCUGCUUCAUGGCGGGCGCAUGGCCAGCGUCCUUCAAGUCCUACGGGUUCAGUUUAUUGACCGCCCCACCUGCCUGAGAAGCACCAGGUAUCCCAUCACGCGAUACAUGUUCUGCGCAGGACAUCCGACCGAAGCCAGAGACACGUGCCAAGGAGACAGUGGGGGCCCCUACGCCACCGACAUUGAAGGCACCUGGUUUUUGACGGGAAUAACCAGCUGGGGGGAGCAGUGUGGCCAGAAAGGCAAAUAUGGCGUCUACACCCGGGUUUCUCAGUAUCUUAAAUGGAUAAGAGACACCACGAGGCUUAAGUAGGCCGAAAAGCCAACAUCUUGAUUCCCCUCCUUUCCCAAGCUUAAGCCCUAUGGAAGCCCUACAUCACCCCCAUAUGAUGCACAAGAAGAGGGGAAGGCCGUUUAUAGAAGGAAAAGCCCAUGAAAUAAAAACUUAAACCGAACAGACACAUGAUGACUUAAGGCCGCCGUACCUAAGCUUGUGGCUAAGGACCAGAAGAUACUUUCCAGAUGACCCACCCUUGGAAGGUUAAGUUCUCAAGUGUUGAAAGAUGGGUGAGGGUCACAACAGCUGUCCCCAUCUCCUGCAAUUUACAAAGGAGCUUGCUUUCCACGGGUGCUUUGUCAUUCGGACGGGGUGCAAAUAUAACUCUUCAUCCACAGGUGUAAUUGAAGAUCUGCCUCAAUCACAUCUCUGAAACCCCAUCGGAUUUCAACUUCUGUCGACGGUUACCUAUAAAGUACUGAUUGGCCC